UGGGUUCUGCCUGAGAGUCCGUGUGUGCGGUGCGCGCUCGAGCUAAUGAACAGUUUUCGCUAAAGGAGACACACCUCGAGCCGAAGAAGUGUUCCGGAGACGCACUAAUGGUGCUCGAACCACUUUGUCAUUUUAAAUAAUAAACGAGCAGAGUUGGGAAAGUCGCGUCGGGUUCUACUUUGAGAUCCGUGUGAUCCUGGAAGGAGUGUCAUGGCAGAACCGGACUACCUGGAGGGAGACUGUGAUGAGCUCAUCCAACCCAAAAAGCUGAUUAAUCCAGUCAAGAGCUCCCGAAACCACCAGGACCUACACAGAGAGCUUAUUAUGAACCAGAAGAGGGGCCUUGCUCCUCAGAACAAGCCAGAGCUCCAGAAAGUUCUAGAGAAGAGGAAGAGAGAACAAGUUAUCAAGGCCCAAAAGGAGGAGCAGGAGGCUCACAAGAAGAGAAGCGACCUGGAAAUAGAGCUCAUGAAAAGACAACAGAAACUAGAGCAGCUUGAACUGGAGCAGCAGAAAAGUCAGGAGGAGCAGGAAAACACCCCUGAGUUUGUGAAGAUGAAGGGCAACCUGCGCCGCACCAAGCAGGAAGCCGGCGGUGAAGAGCAAGCCACCUAAAAUCCAGCCGGGGUGUCUGGGUCUGGCUGACUGAGAAGCCAAGGAGUGUGUGUUGUGUCUGUGGCAACACGAUGGUAACCUGACCAAGAUGAGCCUCUUGGCGUUCCCUUACCCAGCUGUUCCUUCCUGCAGCAAGGAGAGAUACUUUAGAGACUAAAGACCCCCAACCCCUUCUUUCUCCCUGCAAUGGACCGCCAGCACUCGCUCCUGUCCAGCAGUACGCAGCAUCCCCACUCACAGGAGGCACCUAACACAGACAUGUUACACGCUUUUCAACACGGGCCAGCAAGCUUCCAAUGAGCUCUAGUGGAGGAAAGGAACCAAACCCAAUCUGUCUUUGCUCUUUUUCUCCUCUGCGAGCUCUCGUUUCUAUUUCCUGUUAUCAGUGUUGUCAUUAUUGUUUUUGUUGCUCAUAUUCACAAUCAUAGAAAAAUCAAAAAGUGGACACUGGAUGGACUCUUAAAGCUGUGUAAAAUAAAAGCCAAACAAAUGUGCUUUUUGUUAUUUAUGUUGGUAGCUUUUAGCCCAGGUGUAGGGGAGGACACUUUUAGUCAUUCUGUGUUUUAUUUUGUUUUACAGCAUGGCAUAUAAAGCCAGAACAGGACAAAGGGAGUGUGAGGUUGUGUGAAAAUAUGCUUUAUUGUUUUGUUUUUUUUAAUGUACAU